GUAUCUGGUUCAACUACAGUAAAUAAAUAUUGUUUUACACUCGUUCAGUCUCUGUCCGUAGCUGGUGUAUUUCAUCAGAUAAAAUCGAGAGAGAACAAGAGAUAGAUACAGAUAUUUAGGCAUGGCAGCGCCGGAUGAUUCUUCUUCUUCAAACCCCAUCAACGAUGAGAAUUCUAUUUCCGAAACUAACCCUAACCCUAGUUCUUCUAAAUCUUUAGUCUCUGUUCCGUCCGGUUCCCCUGCAGUGUGCCUGGUCCAGUUCGCUAGCGACUCCUUCGCCGGCGCCUUCAUGGGCUCCAUCUUCGGCUACGGUUCCGGGUUGGUUAAGAAGAAAGGCUUCAAAGGAUCCUUUGGAGAGGCCGGAUCUUAUGCCAAGACAUUUGCAGUUUUGUCUGGAGUACACAGUUUGGUUGUCUGCUUCUUAAAGAGGUUGCGAGGGAAGGAUGAUGUAAUUAAUGCCGGAGUAGCUGGAUGUUGCACUGGUCUUGCUCUAAGUUUUCCAGGUGCACCCCAGGCUCUCUUACAGAGUUGUCUCACAUUCGGAGCAUUCUCGUUUAUCAUUGAAGGGCUAAACAAACAGCAACCAGCGAUGGCUCAUUCAUUUUCCACGAGAAACAUAAGUGGGCAGUUCAAGAGGCCUUCUUCCUUGGCACUCCCUCUUUCACUCCCUCUACCUGAUGAAUUGAAGGGUGCUUUCUCUUCUUUCUGCAAGACCUUGAGAAAACCUAAAGAGGACGAUUUUCCAACUUCCUGUUGAUAAACUUGGGCAUGUGAUGUUUUCCAGUUUCUCUUAGAUUUACCUGUGUGGUGACAAUGUUUUAUGUAGAAUCUUAGUUGAGAUUUUGAAGCUUGUUGCAGGCAGAAUGAUGAAAUUAUUUUUUGUUUGACACU